ACAAAUAUGAACCAAUAAAUAUUUUUUAAAGAAGGGCAGAAACAUGAAUAUGAUAAUUCAAUCAAUCUUCAGAAGCUAAACGUUCACCUCAAAUCCCAUCUAAAUGGCUAACCGUCUAAAACCAAUUUGCGCGGGUCCUUCAAUUUCAUCAGUAUCUAAUUUAGUAGCCACAUUUUCUCUCUCCAAUUCCAGAAUUCUCCCCUCCAAAUUAAAUGCUGGACUUUUGAAGAACAACAACAAGAACAGAACAAAUCGUCGCUUAAUUCUGGGAUUUGGGGUUGUUUGUUCAUCUUGGUCUCAGUUUAUGAGCAUGUUUGGCCUUCAAAAGGGGAAUUCUUUCUUGGCUUCUGCUAGGGAGAAGAGUGCUGUUGAGGAGGUUUUGAAGAAUGUUGAAUGGCCGGAGCAGUUUCCAUUUAAGGAGGAAGAUUUCCAACGCUAUGAUGAGUCAAAUGAUACAUUGUUCUAUGAUACACCACGUUUUGUAACUCACAUCGAUGAUUAUGCUAUUGCUGCACUCACUAAAUAUUACUCAAAGGUUUUCCCUCCCAGUAAUACUCCAGGGGUCAGUAUGCUGGAUAUGUGUAGUAGCUGGGUUAGCCAUUUUCCAAAAGGGUACAAGCAAGAGAGGAUAGUGGGAAUGGGCUUGAAUGAAGAAGAGCUCAAGCGGAAUCCAGUCCUGACAGAAUAUAUUGUGCAAGACUUGAAUGUUAAUCCAAAGCUUCCAUUCGAAGAUAACUCUUUUGACGUUAUCACUAAUGUGGUAAGCGUAGACUAUCUGACAAAACCACUUGAGGUAUUCAAGGAAAUGCAACGAAUUCUUAAGCCUGGUGGUUUGGCUAUAAUGAGCUUUUCUAAUCGAUGCUUUUGGACAAAAGCAAUCUCAAUAUGGACAUCGACGAGUGAUGCUGAUCAUGUUAUGAUUGUUGGAGCGUAUUUCCAUUAUGCUGGAGGGUUUGAACCUCCAAAGGUUGUAGACAUAUCUCCUAACCUUGGUCGGUCAGAUCCUAUGUACGUUGUAUAUUCCAAGAAAUCAACGGCAAGGGUAGCAAUAUGAUGAGUCAUACUAGUAUAGCAAACCUUUGUUUUGUUAGCCCUUCAAUUUUUACACUUUGAUAAUGAUCUGAGCUAGAGGGCACAUAAAUAAGGAAAGCCUGUAUUAGUAUAAAAUAAUCAGUCAAAAGAUAUACCUCUGAACAAACAGCAUUUAAAGCUUCAAAGAAAAGCAUGACCUAUGCUUUAUGGCAAGUGUGGCAUUACCAGAUACUAUAAA